GAGAGCGCGGGCUGGAGGCGAGUCGCGCUCCCGGAACCGCCGCCGCUGCCGGAUUGACUUUUCUGUACAUUUUUGGAUGUUUGUGUCCCCGUUGGAGCCUCGGCUGCAGAUUAAUUUUGGAAAAUGCCAAGCAGGAAAUUUGCUGAUGGUGAGGUAGUAAGAGGACGUUGGCCUGGGAGUUCACUUUAUUAUGAAGUGGAGGUACUUAGCCAAGAUAGCAAAUCCCGUCUUUAUACUGUGAAAUACAAAGAUGGAACUGAACUUGAAUUGAAAGAGAGUGAUAUAAAGCCUUUAACAUCAUUUAGGCAAAGGAAAAGUGGCUCUUCCUCUAGUUCUCCUUCCAGACGUCGGGGAAGUCGAUCUCGUUCUCGAUCUCGCUCCCCUGGCCGUCCCCCAAAAAGCAUACGUCGUUCUGCUUCCCAGCAUGCAGAGAUUAAAGACAAGAAAGAAAUUGUGGAAAUCAACUUGUGUCCAUUGAAACAAAGUGGAAACAGCAUUAGCAGAUACAAUGGUAAACCUGACCGGAUAGGAAGGAAUGACGUAUCUCACAGAAACAUUCAGGACAAACCUUAUUUGUCACAAGAAAGCAGCUAUCUGGCUACACAGUAUAGCCUUCGCCCAAGAAAAGAAGAGAUCAGAUUUGAAGAAAUAAUUUCUCAAGAAGAGAGAAAUGUUGUAAAAGAACCAAAAUCAGUAAAAAUUUUUGAAAUAACAGCUACAGAACCAGAGGACUUAGAGUUUGGAGGAGGGUUUGGAGCUUUUUCCAUUAUGAUUGGUCUGCCGGUUAUGCUCUUUAUGUUGUUGUUGAUGUGCAGAGAAAAAGAUCCCAGUCUUGUGAAUCUUCCUCCUCCUUUGCCACCUUUGGCUAGUUUUUGGGAAACCAGAGUGUUUGGAGUCUGUCUGCUCUGGUUUUUUCUCCAAGCCCUCUUCCACCUCCUGCCAGUUGGAAAGGUAGUAGAAGGAACACCUCUUUAUGAUGGAAGAAGAUUAAAAUAUAGAUUAAACGGAUUCUAUGCUUUUAUUCUGACAUCUGUAAUCAUUGGAAUAUCUCUGUACUGGGGGAUAGAGCUCUGUUAUGUGUAUGAUCACUUCCUUCAGUUUGCAGUUGCGGCUACGGUUUUUUCUGUAGCCUUGAGCAUUUAUCUCUAUGUCCGGUCCUUGAAAGCAUCCAAAGAGGAGCUAUCUCCAGGAAAAUCAGGAAAUAUUGUCUAUGAUUUCUUUAUUGGCCGUGAAUUAAAUCCACGAAUUGGACAUUUUGACCUCAAAUAUUUCUGUGAAUUGCGUCCAGGAUUGAUUGGUUGGGUUGUUAUUAAUUUAAUAAUGCUUUUGGCAGAGAUGAAAGUCCAACAGCGUGAAACCCCAUCUUUAGCAAUGAUAUUGGUUAAUAGUUUCCAGCUUUUAUAUGUGGUGGAUGCACUUUGGAAUGAGGAGGCUUUGUUGACAACUAUGGACAUUAUACAUGAUGGAUUUGGGUUCAUGUUAGCAUUUGGAGAUUUGGUGUGGGUGCCAUUUGUCUAUAGCCUACAAGCCUUUUAUUUAGUCAGUCAUCCUAAUGAAGUUUCUUGGCUUUUUGCAUCCGUUAUUAUUGCUUUAAAAUUUUCAGGAUAUACAGUAUUUCGUUGUGCAAACUCUCAGAAAAAUGCAUUUCGGAAAAAUCCCGAUGAUCCUAAUUUGGCACAUCUGAAAAUUAUUCAUACUUCAAGUGGAAAGAAUCUUCUAGUGUCUGGUUGGUGGGGUUUUGUUCGACAUCCUAACUACUUGGGUGAUCUCAUUAUGGCUCUGUCUUGGUCUCUACCAUGUGGUUUUAAUCAUAUCUUACCAUAUAUCUACGUGAUUUAUUUCACCAUCUUGCUUAUCCACCGAGAAGCUCGUGAUGAACACCAGUGUAAGAAGAAAUAUGGUUUGGCAUGGGAAAAGUACUGUCAACGUGUGCCAUAUCGUAUAUUUCCAUACAUUUACUAAUAAGCUCUUUUGUUUCAGACUUUUAAAUGCUUCUGCAGUUCUAGCUUCCUUGCAAACAAAACAUACCUCUUAUCUUCCCAUUGGGUCUGUAGGUAUUUUGUUUUUUGUUUGUUUUGUUUUCUAAAGAAAUGCAUAGUAGAACAAAUAGUGAGUCAUAAAUAUGUAAGAAAUAAGUUUGUCAAGUCAAGUUAGGUUUGUUCACCAUUUAGUCACUGAAAUUAGCCAGAAUUUUCACAUAAUUUGUUUUAAUAAACUUAAGGGCAAAAAAAAUCAGAGUACAGAUAUUUGAAUUAGCUUUUUAAUGGAAAUUUUCCUAUUCCUAAGAUAUGAAAAGAGGACAGUCUUGUGGCAAAUACACCAAACAGAAAUGAAAUAUUUGAUUUCUGGACUAGGUUCCUAGCUUUUCAGAUUUGCAUUUCUGGUUUGAACAGUUGAUUUCAUUAUUCAAAAAUAGAAAUGAUUGUGUUUGACUCAGUUUCAGAGUAUGUUUAACAGCUAGUUACAUUUUUGUUUCAUCAGUUAGGAUAGGAUUUUUAUUAAUUACAGUUUAAGUGUAUUAUUUACUAGUUCCUUGAGUUAAAAUUAAAAUCUCUUCUGUGUUCAGUGCUGGAUACCAAGAUAUGAGGAAGUAGUGAUUUAGUAAUAGGCCCUGCAGAAAAGAAAAAAAAAGUAAAAAAAAAGUAAUACCUUGCUUACUUACAAUUCUAAAAUUACUUAAAAAUGUAAAUACAUAGCUUUCUUUAUGUAUAAUAUGGUGACUUCAUAUUUUUUUCUGUACAGUAUUUUGAAUGUGAGGUGCAGUUGCUUAUUUAGGACCAGGAAUAUCUUUUAACAAAAAAAAUUUUCAGUAUUUUUUAAUUAUACUUUUAUGAAAGUUUUAUAAAGUAAUGUAUUGAUAUGAAAUUAAAGUUUUUUAAACAAUCUGAGUUCACUUAAAUAUCGCAUUGGAAAAUGCUAUGAAAAUAUAGGGAUUGUAAUUUUAAUCCAAAGUUUGUGAAUUUGGCUUUGCUACCUCAAUUAUAGGUUCUCAGUUGCCUUUUAUACUAUUACAAAUAAGUAAAAAUAGCUUGGACAUAUAUAUUUAUAUAUUUUUGGAAUAACAUCACUAUUUAAACAUUUUUUACGUGAACCUGUGGUUGAAAACUUGCCAUUUUGGAGUAAUAUUUUUGUAUAUUUUUGACUUUUGUAAUUAAACACUGUAUUUGCUACUGUUAAUUUUUGCAGUUUAUACUGUAUUUUGUGUAUCCAAUAGCUACAAAUUCUACUUCAUUGCUGUGAUUUUGUUUUUAAAAUUGUUAUUUUUCACCUUUGGGAACCUCAUCUGCAGAUGAGUUGAACACGUUCAAAAUGUAUUUCUUCUUUGAUUUUAUUAGAUGUGUGUUUUUAUGAAGCAUAAAAUCUGCCUUAAAAUUUACUUAAAUUUAUAGGGGUCCAUUAUUAGCUGUCAAUGGUGAAAUGGUAGCAAAGUCAUAAAAUGUGAAAGGAUUUCUAUUAAAAUGAGAUUUUUGUGUUAAAAGUUAAA